CUAUAACCUAAAUUUUAAAAAAUGACGUGGCUUGGAACAAUCGCUAGUAACGUUCUUCGAAAUUACGUCUUUUCGGAUGUACCACCAAACAUUGUUCAAGAAGUUAAACCUGAAAAUUACAGUAAUCGACAUAUUUUGUGUCGAGAAGAUGGCAUUGUACUUUACGCUCCAGGAGAUCGAAAUAAUGAGAAAUUUGAGAUCGUUCUUCACAGACCUUGUACAGAAACGUUACAUCAAGCGUAUAGUUUAUAUCGGUCUGAGGACAAAGCACAGGUGGAAGGACACUUCAUUGUAUAUAAAGACAAGGUUCCAGUACUAGUUCAGAUUUGUCGUGAGAUGUGUAAUGUGAAUAAGAUACAAAAAUUAUGCGAUACUUUGGUUGAACAUCCUACUUGGACAUUGGCACACUUGGCAGCUCACUUUGCCCUUUAUGGUGCAUUUGCCCACACUGCUGUGAACAGCCAAUUGAACAGUGGGGAUAUAGAUACAGGACAGUCUCCCUUACAAGUAGCUGUGCAAACUAAUAAUUUGCGUACCGUACAAAUGCUGAUAGAAGCUAAAAGUUCCCUAGAACACUUGGAUAACAAUGCAAACACCGUCUACCAUUUUGCAGCAACGUCUACCAAAGAAAUAAUUCUAGCACUCGGAGGAGAUCUUCCAAAUAGUCUAAACAGCCGAAACAGCAAUGGUCAUACACCAUUGCAUGUUGCAUGUCUAAAUAAUAAGCCCGAGUGCGUUAAAGCUCUUCUAUUGAUCGGAGCGGACGUGAAUAUUUCUGCGUCAGAAGGUCAACCUUCUAGUCCCAGUUACGUGGGUGACUUUCUCCACAGUAAACCGAAUGUGCUGCACGCCGAAGAUAUGAAGUUUGGUGGCACACCGUUACAUUGGUCACUAAGCAGGGAGGUGAUCAAUGCUCUGAUCGAGAGCAAUUGCGACAUAGAUUCCUUGAACUUCGACGGCCGAACAGCAUUACACAUUAUGGCGAUGAGAAAGCGUUUAUCGUGUGUGGUGGCCCUUUUGAGUCAUAUGGCUUCCGUGAACAUUGUCGACAAGGAUGGCAACACACCUCUGCAUUUAGCAGUUUCGGAAGGCACGCUGGCCAUCGUUCAAAGCUUGAUAUGUUUCGGAGCAGACAUCGACGCAAGGAAUUGGAAGUCUGAAACCCCACGGCAUCGAGUGAACAUCGACUCCAACGAAGGCCAAAAGAUCCUAUACACUUUGAACGCUGUCGGUGCUCAACGUUGUCCACCGGAAAUGACCGACUGCAGUUUGGGAUGCAAGCAUGGCGAAACCUUCGACGGUAUCGCUCCGCAACAAGCACCGAAGGUUGUUCCACGAACAGUCUUAGAUCAAAUGCUCCACGUUUCCGGAAUGGACAAAAUGGCAACGCAAGGAAACAAAAAGAUCAAAGGUGGUCGAUUGCUCUGUUUAGAUGGAGGAGGUAUCCGCGGCUUAGUUCUCGUACAAACUUUGCUGGAAAUCGAAUCAAUACUCGGGAAACCUAUCAUCGAAUGCUUCGACUGGAUUGCAGGCACUUCGACCGGUGGAAUCCUAGCUCUCGGUUUAGCAUUAGGCAAGUCUCUGCGCGAAUGUCAAGCUCUCUACUUUCGAAUCAAGGAGGAAGCUUUCGUUGGAAAUCGACCGUAUAACAGCGAUGGUUUGGAGAAGGUGUUGAAGGACAGUUUAGGAGCUGACACGGUCAUGUCUGAUAUUAAGAAACCAAAGAUAAUGAUUACCGGAGUGCUGGCUGAUAAAAAGCCAGUUGAUCUUUACUUGUUCCGCAACUACGACGCUCCGAGUACACUCUUGCAAAUUCCAGCGAGCUCGACCUCCGUCACACCCUUGCCGCCUAACGAACAAUUAGUUUGGCACGCUGCACGGGCUACUGGUGCAGCUCCCACGUACUUCCGAUCCUUUGGAAAAUUCCUCGACGGUGGAUUGAUAGCCAAUAAUCCAACGUUGGAUGCCAUUACCGAAAUUCACGAAUACAAUCUCGCGUUGAAGGCGUCUGGUCGCGAAUCGGAAGCGGUUCCUCUGUCUCUGGUAGUUUCUCUAGGCACUGGUAUGCCUCCGACUAGUCAGUUGAAAGACAUAGAUAUUUUCCUACCAGAGAGUUUAUGGGGCACCGCGAAAUUUGCCAUGGGAAUAUCGGUUCUCGCGGAACUGCUGGUGGAUCAGGCAACUGGAAGCGAUGGAAGGAUCGUCGAUCGCGCUCGAAAUUGGUGUUCCAUGAUCGGAGUGCCAUACUAUAGAUUCAAUCCACAUCUGUCGGAUGAUAUCGCCAUGGAUGAGAAAAGCGACGAAGUAUUGGCCGACAUGGUGUGGUCCGCGAAAGCGUUCAUGCAUGCGAAUAGAGAUCAAAUACAAGAAUUAGCUGCUGUAAUGAAUCGCGAUGUUUAAACAGAAUGAAAUGUUCCCUAAUGCUGAAUGUC